AUGGAAGAGCUCACCGAUCUCGCGGGAUACCGAAAAGCAUCCAACGCCGAUGGCACUGCCAUCUUUGAGGCCACGGCAGACUGGUGCCCCAACUGCAAGGCGAUCGCGCCGUUCAUUGAAAAACUGAUAAAGAAGUACCCCGACGCAAGGUUCUAUUCCUACAACACAGACAAGGCGCUCGACAUCAGCCACGAACUCUCCGCACAUCAGAUGCCGACCUUUCAUGUCUUCAAAGAUGGCGACUUGCGAGACAGCAUCACUGGUCCGAAAGCUAAAGAGAUUGAGAAAGCCAUUGUGGAGAAUUACGAUGGCAAGAUGGUCGAGGAGUAAGAGAUGUGGACAGCAUGCGAGCGAUAGCAGUGUAUCGCAAAACCUGGAAGAACAAGAGGCUCUUCGCAUGCUCAGAGCAUGCGCGACAACAUCGGUGGAGCGAAGGAGUGUGGAAGUCUUGCAAUACGUUUGAACCUUGGGGACAAUGGAUGCGACAGAUACCGUCAAUCCUGAACUCGUUUAGGUGACCAGAGUGCUUGUCUUAUUCUUCAUUUAGGCUCCCUCGCUAUCUUACUAGGUAUGCUAGAAGGCUGCCCUUACUCGAAGAAAUAUCUACACUAGCUUUACCUCCUGUAGGUAUACGUACGUUGAGCAUAGGAUAAUGAUGCUCGGGUGAACUGGGUGGCAUAAGGAAAGAUGGUCGUCUGUCAGUAUUGUCGGAUACACUCCGGCCUGACGGAUAGAGUAUUAUGGGCGCUGAGCCCGGUUCUACUGCGAGUAGUUCGGCCUAUAGAGCCUCGUGCACUCGCGGUACCGGGCAACAGAUGAAACAUUGCAGAAUGGUCCCACGUCUCUGGAGGUCCCGUAUGGACAAUGUACCCUCACGACGUUUGUAGUAGAUGAGAUAAUUGGGAAGAUACUCC